AUGGCGAGCCCACCAUCUUCCACACCUUUCAUGUGGGCGGAGUGCAUUUUCGCACGACAGGCAGUGUCAUUACAGGUGGCAUCAAGAUUGUGCUUGGUUGACAUUGCCUCCAUGCUUGCGGUCUGUGCCACGACAGCAGCGGUGUUCCGAGAGGCAGGAUCGUUGACCAUUGCCAAGUCAGGACAACACAGUGAAUCUACGAUGAUGGAUUUGGUAUGCUGUGCCCUGGGGGCAUCCUUGAGCAGCGGCCUGAUGGAAACGUUGCAAGGCCUGGUCCGGUUUCCACACGGUCGGCCAAUCCUGUGCCAUGCAGCCUCCUCCGGCCGCCCAGAUGUUGUUCGGUGGCUGCUGAAGCAUUGGAGAUCUGAACUGGAUUCAGCAGACGAACCCUGCGGGGCAUCUCCACUGCAUUUCGCAGCCUUGGGUGGUCAUGACCAUGUGUGUGAGGUGCUGAUUGAGCAUGGCGCCGCCGAUGUGGAUUGCAGGGACAACUCCGGACUUCGAGCGCUGCAUUUGGCGGCUGAACAAGGACAUGUCAACACUUGCCUUUCCUUGUUGCAGUGUGGUGCAGAACCAGACGGGGGGAAAGGGAUGAGCGACGUUGCAUGCGGUGCUCCGACACCACUUCUUUUGGCCGCGGAGUGUGGUCAUGCGGAGGUUUGUGCACUCCUUGUGACUUUCCGCGCAGACCCUUUGGCCUCCAGCCUGGAUGGACGCACCCCUUUGGCUGUGGCUCGAGAGAACGCCAUUGGAGCUGGGUUCGAGCUGCUGGCCUCACUUGAAGCGGCCCUCUGGCCCAACCGCGAGGCGUCUUCUCGUCGGCAGAAGGUGACAACUUGCGCCAUGGAGUCUCGGCCAGUGUUGGCAGGACUAGACCAAGACAGCCCGGCACGCCAAGGGUGCAUCGUAUCCAGUACCUACACUGAAACUGCUGCUUGGUUGCUCCUUGCGAUUGGGGACGGCCACAUCUCUGGACAAUACCUGUGCCAUCCGGUGCCACAGGAACCUGGAGCCACUAAGGAGACUAAGGUUGCAGUUGCUGCUGAAGGUGUUUUGCCUUCACCGCAGGCAGUGCCGUUUCAAAGAACUUCGAAAGCUGCAGCCAUUGACCUGAAGACUCCAGAAAAGAAAGAUGAAGAAGGUAAGGAGGCUGAAAGACCUCCUGAUGGAAGCGGUGAAGGUUCUCAAAGAUCAAGGGAGGCUGCAGACCCCCACAAAGGUAAAAAGACGUCAGCUGGCGAUUCAUCGGCUGCGUUCACGGAAAAGUCAUUGGAUUUUUUGGCAUUGAUGAUGAUAUCUAUGAAAGAGAUGCAAAAGCGCAUGAAUGACUCCAAGGAUGAUGCUGGUUUGGUGAAGGGUGUUGAAACGAUUCGCGCUGGCAGCCCAGAUCUUCCAGCAUUACAACCAUGGGAAGCUCAGCAUGGCCCCUUGAUUCUUGGAGAUUGGCUUUUACUGACGGAGCCCAUGGUUGCAGACCUGUCCAUGAUGGCAGGGGAAUGGUGGCGAAUUACCGUCAAAGCAGCCGAAGAAUGGUACAAGCUUCACAUGAGCUUGAGCCCCUUGGAAAGAAUCAAGCACCCCUGUGAAGCACCGCCUGAAAUUACCUUGGAGAAGUGGCAGAGGGUUGAAAGAAGGGUUUCUUCAAUGAUCCUCCAAGCUGUUCCCCAGGGUGUCCGCGAACAACUUGUAGCCUCAAGGAGAAUGACGACCUUUGGGAUUGUCACGUAUCUCUUGGUCGCCUAUAGCCCUGGAGGAGUUUCAGAAAAGCAAAACAUCCUUAGAAGCUUGGAAGAGCCACCGGAGAUUCAAAGCCUCAAUGAAGCUCCUGGUGCACUACGACGUUGGCUUCGAUGGAGAAACCGCGCAAAAGAAAUAGGAGAAUCAUGUGCCAACUACAAGACUGUGAAUGUGACCCUUGCGAAUGGUCAACAAGCUCAACUCCGAAUGACUCCUGGAGGUGUGAUGGUCUCAGGGUGCGCUGAUGUGGAGCCACCCUAUCUCUUGCCUCCGCCUGAAAAGAAAGAAGGAGAAGAAGAGCUCAAACCUGGAGGCUUCGACAUCAAGAUCUUCCGCCUGGCUGCACCUAUGAUCACCAAAACUGCAAGAGAAGUCACCAAAACAGCAAUGGACUUCAUCCUCAAGCUCAGAAUGGACGGCUUCCACAUUGGAAGAAUACAUUCAGAUCGAGGUCAUGAGUUCUCCGGGGUUUUCCGGAAAUGGGCCAACUCACGUGGCAUAGUGCUGACACGCACACCUGGAGAUGAUCCUCGAGCGAAUGGCCGUGUGGAGGUGGCAGUGAAGAGCUUCAAAACACAAAUGCGUCGGCUGCUCAAACAAGCCGAUGUGGGCAGCGAAUGUUGGCCAUUAGCGGCUCGCUGUGCCGAUGCCUUGAACAGAAGCUGGCGGCUUGGCGACGCUCCAAGCUUUCCACCUUUCAUGCAGGACGUCCUUGUGAGGCGUCGCACAUGGAGACAGGGUGUCUUCGAGCCCACUGUGGAGACUGUCAAGUACCUGUUUCCUGCUCCUGAAGAACGUGGACAUUGGGUUCAAGCUGAAGAAGAACGACCAAGAGUCACCAAAUACGUUCUUCGGAAAGCCAAAGUUGCCAAAAGUUGGAAAAGUUGGCUUGAAGCCAUCGAUGCCGAAGUUCAAAGUCUUUUGGAGGAGAAAGAUGCUUUGAAAAAGAUCGCACGAAAAGAAUUGGAGGAGAUUCAAAAGAAGGCUGCUCAAGAAGGCCGCGCUGUGGAGAUCAUACCCUCAAAAUUGGUCUUCACGAUCAAAGCUGGCCCCAAUGGCGGCAAGCGCAAAACACGUUGGGUGAUUUGCGGAAACUAUGAGUCCAAAAAGGAUUCUGAACAGACCUUUUCAAGCGGUGCUGAUGCCGCAGCCUUUCGGCUGUCGAUUUGGGCAGCAGCCCGUCAUCAAUGGGCUGGUGCAGACGACCAAGAAGCUGUCCUGAUUUUGGGGCCACCUGCACUUUUCACCGAGAAGGGCUACAUGGCACCGGAUGAUUUCUUCGUGCCUCAAAGAGCUGUGUAUGGGCUCCGCCGUUCUCCAAGAUUGUGGGGUACGUGCCGUGAUGAAACUAUGGAAAGCUUUCAAAUCGAAGCAGAAGAUUCAAGAGGAGGAAAAAGAAAGUUCCAUCUACGAGCUCUUCAAUCAGAACCAAACCUUUGGAGAGUGCUGGAAAUUUUCGAUGAAAGCCAAGUCCUAUGGGGACUGGUUAUGACCUACGUGGAUGACGUCUUCAUCUGCUCAUCCCACUCCAUCCUGGAGGCCAUCAAGGAGAAGUUUCAAGAAACUUGGAAGACAUCAACGCCAGAGUAUGUCUCCGAGCAUCCCAUUCGUUUUCUUGGGAUGGAAGUGUCAAAAAGAAAAGCUGAGGGUGGAAAAAGGGAGGAGUGGUAUGUGACCCAGAGGUCAUAUAUCAAAGACUUGAUAGAGAAAAGUGAAGAAAAAGUGAAAGAAAGAAAGAUCCCUGUUACCCGUGACCAAGCUCACAUUGAAGCACCAGCGUCUACACCUACGCUGGAAGAAGUGCGAGGAGCUCAAAAAUGUGUUGGAGAAGUACUUUGGCUUCUCACCCGCUCACGCCCUGACCUCAUGUAUGGUGUGAGUCGGAUGGGAUCAAACGUCCUGAAGAAUCCCGUCAAAGUCAUGGAGCUAGGAGAUCAAAUCAAGGGCUAUCUCAAAAGAACUCAAGAUGAGGGAUUCCGCUACCAGGUGGACUUCAAAGAUGAGAUCGUCCUGCAGGCAUACUCAGAUGCCUCGUUUUCUCCUGAAGGCUCAGAAAGUCAUGGAAGCUUUUUGGUUUUGCUGGAAGGGUCGCCGAUUUUUUGGCAAGCUGGCCGACAGAGUCUGGUCACACUUUCAACAGCUGAAUCAGAGAUGACAGAAGUCAUAGAAGCGAUGACUGCUGGCGAAUUGGCGGGAGCUGGAGGACGAGGCACCUCAAGCUUCGUUCCUCAUUUGCCAGGCAGAGCAUCAGCCGUGGCGUUUGGCUGA